AUGGGCACGGAGGAGGAGGAGGAGGCGGAGAAGGGGAAGGUCAGCGGCGCUUUCCGCUUCCUGCGGGGCGGAGCUCAGCGCACCCUCCGCGCUCCCCGGGGCGGUUGCUCGCACCGCUCCCCGCCCUCCGCGUUUCGUCGCCGGGUAACGCUCCGUCCCCUCGGCCCGCUCCGUCCCCUCGGCCCGGCCCGGCCCGGCCCGGCCAUGUCCGGUCACAGCCCGGGGGUGCCCCGGCGCUUCCAGGAGCUCACCCUGUACCGCGGUUACGGGCAGCCGCCGCUUCACCCCCGGUUCCGCACCACCAACCAGACCUACGGCAGCAGGGCCCCCACGGUGCACGAGUUGCCGAACUCCUUCCACUCCAUGCCGCACAAGUUUUCGGAUCACCUGAGCAAGAGUGGCAUGUACAGGAACGACAGCCUGAACACAUCCCUGGAGAAAAGCCACUGCACCGGCUCUGACACCUUCAUCACCGCCUACGAGCACCUGGAUUUCCACCCCAGCUACAACCCCAGCGGCCCCUCGCACUGCCGGGACCAGCCGCUGUAAGGAGCGCUGCAGUUCUGUCUGCCCGCCCACAGCCAGCCUUGGUACUCAAUGGAGCCGUUAGAGUACAGAGGGAAUGGUAUUAGGUGUAAUAUAUUAAAGAUUUAAGGUGGUUAAGUGUGUUAGGUAGCUCGUGUGAAGCAUUUUAACUGAUUUAUCAGCGGUGGAUAUAUAUACUAGAACGACAUAAAUUCCCCUUCUCCCCUUCUGUCACUAAUGACCCUUUACACUCUUGCCUCAUGUACCACAUUUCAUUAAAAAUUAAGAUCUAAA